AUGAAGUUCUCCGCCGCCCUCCUGCUCACGGCCGUGACGGCCACGCUGGCCGCGCCAGCUCCGGCCGCCGAGGAAAUCGCCCCCGUCGAGGCCCGCGAGGCCGCGCCCGGCGGCGACUGGCACCAGCACCGCGACCACUGCAAGAAGGAGUGCCACCACGGCGCGCACCACGACCGGUGCCGCAAGCGCUGCGACGACUACGACUACAGCUACAAGAAGAAGGUGACCGUCACCUACACGCGCCUAUGUUCCGCCGCUUUGAGGCCGGCUAAGUCCCUGACGCGACGUUUCUCCGGCGCCCUCACGGCGGCCACUGCUGCGCGCGCCCCAAGAAGGUGCACCACCACUACUAUGACAACCACCGCCAGGGCCACCACGGUCACGACGGCCACGGGCACCACGACAAGUGCCGCCCCGAGUGCGACGACCGCAAGUACAAGUACCACCACUACGACUACUGCAACUCCUGCCAGUGGUGAGCGCGGCCUCAAGUCGUAUUGA